GCUGUCAUUGACCAAUUUUGUCAAUGUCAUUGGUAAAAUAUUCAUGUGCAUUGUUUUGUGUAGUUGCAAAUUUAAAAUAAAUUGAGAUAACAAGAUGUUGGAUUACGUGAAGCGUGUAAUAUUAGUACUUUCUGGAAAAGGCGGUGUUGGAAAAUCCACAGUCAGCACACAAUUAGCCCUUACACUAAAGGAAUCCGGUUAUAGGGUCGGCCUCCUGGACAUUGAUUUAUGCGGUCCCAGUGUGCCCUACAUCCUCAACUUGGAAGGCCAAAGCAUCCACCAAGGGCCAUAUGGAUGGGUCCCGGUAUACUUGGAUAAUGAGCAGAACUUGGGAGUCAUGUCCAUUGCCUUUCUGCUUGAAUCACGUAACGACCCUGUGAUAUGGCGAGGGCCAAAGAAGACUGCUAUGAUUAAGCAGUUUUUGGAAGAUGUUUGCUGGGAUGAACUAGAUUUUCUGAUUAUUGAUACACCACCAGGCACAUCAGACGAACAUAUAACAGUGAUGGAGAAUCUCCGUCAAGUGCCCCAGUGCUCCGCCAUAUUGGUGACAACUCCACAACAAGUUGCCAUUGAGGACGUCAGGAAGGAGAUCACAUUCUGCAAGAAGACUGGAAUACCAAUACUGGGCAUUAUUGAAAAUAUGAGCGGGUAUGAAUGCCCAAACUGCAGUGAGUGCACAAACAUCUUCUCAAGCGGCGGCGGUAAAUCGCUUGCUGAGAUCGCCAAACUGAAAUUCCUGGGCAGCGUGCCGAUAGACCCACGGGUGGGCAAGUUGGCCGGUCAAGGAAUUGCUGCUGUUAAAGAGUUUCCCGAUUCAAAGACGAGCAAGGUGUUCGGAGAACUGGCGCAGAGCUUGGCGUAUUGAAUUAGAUUAAGUUUAAUGUGUGUAGGAAAAAUUGUGAUAAUUUUGAGGUUAUAUCGUCGGUUGGAAGGCUAAUUGACAUAAGCGACAUUUUAUUUCGAAAAAUUUUAACUAUACUAAAAAGAAAAAAGAAAAAAAAACAGUUCUGAUUUUAAAUUUGUAUGAAACAUAGUGUCGCAAAACAUGUCGCUUGAGUCAAUAAGCCUUUCAACAAUCGAUAUGUAGGUGGUCUGAGGCAGCUUUUCUUAAUGUAGAAUAUUGUCACAAACCUUUGGUGCCCAAUAAAGCAGUAUUGUUUUAUUAUAUUCAAAAAUAAUUAUCAGAAAUAAAAAUGGUUUUAUAUCAAUUAAAAAUUAUAGUAUAAUGAAAAGCUGGCCUUGAGACAUUUUUUUUAUUUUGAAGUAGUAUUUUCAAUACCUCACAUACUUCUUUACUUUUACACAAUACGCAUAUUAUACUAAAAUAUUCAUAACCAAUAUCAUAAUUAGUGGAAAAAUGUAUUUCUACCAUUCUCCAAAGUUGAAAAUAUCAUAAGUCAAUAAUCUCAAAAUCCAAUAUUCUAGCGAUAUAAAGUAGACGAUUGUAUUUAAUAAUUAUUUAAAAAUAGAAUAUGACUAUCUGACUUUAUAAAGGUGUGGUCCUUCUGUGACCUAUGUGGUUUCUAUAUAUUGUGGCCGCUACGAGUAGUUUUAUAUUAUCACAACCUGCAAUAAUUCAUAACACUAGUGGUUUUAAAUUAAUGGGUGUUCUUUGUUCCUAACACACACUUCCACAAUUUUAUUAGACUUUGCACAAGUUUGUAUGUUCCAAGUUUAAUUUGUACACCUAAAGCUGACUGACACAAUUUCCUUGCAUAUUUCUGCAAUUUUUAAGGCUAUAUAAGAUUUUGUUUGAUGAUUUCUUAUGUUUACGAGAAUGUUAGACAUUAAAAUAAAACUAUUUAUCGGAUUUUUACCGCGGUUUUUUAUAAUUUUCUCCCGACUUUUUGAAGACUGCAGACUUCAUAGGACUGAGGUGUUGUCGUCCGAAGUCAAAAUUAUAAUUAAAUAGUAAAAAAAAUCUAAUAUAAAAAACCGCGAUAUAAUUCGACAUAUUGUUUUAUUUCAAUAAGAUUUUGUUGUCGGUUAUGAAGUGUGUUGUCCAUAAUAUUUAAAAUAUUAUGACGUCAGGUUAUUCGCCAAAAAUUUUAGAUUAUAAUCAUUCCUUUAUUGUGAUUUUAAAUAAAAAACAAUUAAGUAAAUCGAAA